AUGGAACACCAAUAUAUGACCCAGGCUCCCAUGCAGUCGCCCAUGUACUACUACACACCUGAGAAGCAGCAACUUCGCUACAACUCGCACAUGGCCCCCCAGAACAUGGACUACUUCUCUCAACCUAUUUCAUCUCACGUCUUGUACUCUCAACACAGCCCUGCCAUCUACCAGCAACAACCCCAGUACAUCUCGCAAGCCAUGCUUACUCCUGCUGCCUCUCCUCGCCCUCAACACCAGAAGCCUACCAUCAUGCUCCAGCAAGAGAUGAUGUCGUUCGACUCGGACUGCUACGGCCCUGCCACCCCUACCCUGUCUGCCACCAGCUUCAACUCGGCCGACAGCCCUCAGUCCAACUACCACAUGAUGCCCACACCCGCCAACGAGCUUGCCAUGAACCCCUUCGACACCAUCAAGAACUGCGAAGACGACAUGUUUGGUGAGUGGACUCAAUCCACAUCUCCACCUUUGACUCCAGUGUACCUGCAUCCCGCAUCGGCAUUUGCCGAGAACAGCAGCUAUCUCCUGAGCAACUCUGCCUGCCCAUCAUUGUCACCCUCGCCGUCGCCCAUCCCGCGCUCCGCCAUCAACGACGCCAGUGUUUGCGACCCCCGCACUUUGACGGUGCCGAGCAACGCUUUCCCCUGCCUGCCAACACUCUGCGCCGGCGAUGACGAGGAGCACAAGAUAAUCCUCAAGGGUGACCACUUCACUCCUUCCAAGACUUUCGACGCAUGCGAGCUGGUGCCUACCAACCACGGCUUCCCCACAUUUGAGCCUCUUUUCGAGCUUGACGUCGAGGACGAUUUCUGCAACUCCAAGCGCCAGCGCAUCGACUCUCAAUACUCCCCUGAGACCUCCUUCUGCUUCACCGACGCCAGCUUCUCCGACGAGGACUUGACCUUCUCCCCUUGCCAGUCCGAGUUCUCCUUCACCUCAGCCUCCGCCAUCGACAUGACUCCUAUUCGCGCCUCCAAGAGAUCGGCCAAGGCUCCUCAGUCGUACUCCGCUGCCGCUCACUCUUCAUCCAGCCAGCCCCAGCAGGUUCCCAGCAACGCCCCUGCCUCCUCUUCCUCAUCCGCAUCUGGCGAUGACCACUCCCACUCUCACGCCUCGUCGUCCUCGACUACCCGCCGCGGUCGCAAGCAGUCCCUCACCGAGGACCCCUCCAAGACCUUUGUCUGCACUCUCUGCUCGCGCCGCUUCCGUCGCCAAGAGCACCUCAAGCGCCACUACCGUUCCCUUCACACUCACGACAAGCCUUUCGAGUGCACCGACUGUGGCAAGAAGUUCAGCCGUAGCGACAACCUCAGCCAGCACCAGCGCACCCACGGCGCCGGCACCGUUGUCAUGGGAGUCAUGACCAACGACAUGACCUCUCAGAUGGCAGUCAACGUUCCUGAUGUUGGAUCGGGUGUCCUCCGCCCCAAGAGCGAGACCCCUGAUGCCACCGAGCUCGGCGCCAUGCUCUUCGACCACGCCGCCGCAGUCGCCGGCUCCAGCAGCAGCAGCCAGUCUGGCUACGACUCCGCCGAGGAGGCUGGCUUCCAGCAGAAGAAGAGAAAGCGCGAUGAGUAG